AUGAACCUACUGGCGCUUCUCGUAGUGCCAUUGGCGGCCGCCACCCAAAUAGCGGACAUGGCCGUCAACAUCGACGACCUGGGCCGCAAACAGUCAAGCUUCGUCCCGUUGGUCGCCUUCCAGUGUGGAUUCAGAAACAAAUACAUGAGCGAUGACGGGGAAUGGGUUUCUGACGCCAACCGUUACGCCACGUGCCAGUCCGGCAAGCUGGACGUGCUCAAAUACUGCAAGCGGGCCUACCCGACACUCAACAUCACCAACAUCGUCGAGUACUCCCACCAGGUGUCCAUCGAAAAAUGGUGCCGAGAGGAGGGAACCCCAUGCAAAUGGACCCACACCGUGCGACCCUUCCGUUGCAUUGUCGGCGAAUUCCACUCCGAGGCUCUGCAAGUCCCGAAGGGCUGCAAGUUCUCGCACGUGAAUGGCCGCGACCAGUGCAACGACUACAACCACUGGAAGGACGUCGCCAUGCAGCAGUGCAACACUAAGGGAACCACCAUGAACGUGCAUUCGUUCGCCAUGCUCGAGCCGUGCGGUCUGGACCUGUUCACCGGGGUUGAAUUUGUCUGCUGCCCUGCUAAGAGCGCCGACGAGCUCGUCGAGGUCAAGCCCGUCACCGAAGCUGCCAAGAAGGAGGAGUACGACGACGAAUACGAUGACGAUGAUGAUUCUGAAUCUGAUGAAGAUGACGAACCAGCCGACAAGAAGACCCAAGACCCCUACUUCAAGACUGUCGACCCAGACAACGAGCAUGAGAACUUCAAAAAUGCCAUGGAGCGCCUCGAACGCAAAUACCGCGACAAGCUCAACAAGGUCAUGAAUGAGUGGAACGAGCUCGAGGGCCGAUACAAGAAAAUGGCCACCAAGGACGCCAAGGGAGCCGAAGCCUUCAAGGCCGAGAUGACCAACCGAUUCCAGAAGACCGUUGGAUCGCUUGAGGAUGAGAACAAGGCUUCGCGCCAUGAAGUCGAGCAGGUCCACGAGCAACGCGUCCAAGAGGCUCUCAACGAGAAGAAGCGCCAAGCCACCCACGACUACCGUCAGGCUCUUGCUCUCCACGUUGGAAGUGCCAACAAGCACAAUGUACUCAAGACCCUCAAGUCGUACAUCCGCUCUGAGGAGAAGGACCGUAUCCACAUCCUCAACCGCUACCGUCACCUCCAGAAGACCGACGCCCCGGAGGCUGCCAAAUUCAAGCCCCAGCUCCUCCAUCGCCUGCGUUACAUUGAUCUGCGCAUCAAUGGAACCCUGGCCAUGCUCCGUGACUUCCCGGAUCUUGAGUCGCAGGUCCGCACCAUUGCCCUCACCUUCUGGUCUGAUCUUCGCAAAGAGAAUAUGCCCGAGCUUGAUGAUCCCGAGAUCGCCAAGUUGAACUCGUUGAACACCGACGACGUCAAGGUUGUUGAGAUCGUCAAGAAGGGAGCUGCUGCUACGUCCACGACUACUGCCGCUCCUAAGAAGGAGGCCGAGAAGGUUAAGGUCCUCUCCGACACCUCGAAGAACAGCGAGGAAGACGAUGAUGCCUAUUAUGAGGAUGAGGAUGAUGAGGAGGUCCGCAAGGUCAAGAAGGGACCCGUCAACGUCGAGCAGCAGACUGUUGACCUGAAGCCCAAGAGCGCGUCGGUGGAGAUCGACUUCGAGAAGUCGGGCAAGAAGGACGAGGCCACGCAGACGGAUGAUGACGAUGAUUCUGACAGCGAGGAGGACAGUGAUGAGGAUGAGGAGAUUACCAAGACCAUCAAGGAGCUCCGUGUUGACAUCGAGCCUAUUAUUAAGGAGAGUCUGCAGCAUGAGGAGCACGCCAUUCCGGCUUAUUACCGUCAUGACAAGCUGGUUCAAGAUGAGAUGAGCGCUGAUUAUUCGGCCUGGAAGGUCGUCGGAGGCAACGAGAUGGCGUUCGUCGCCUGCCUCGUCGUCUUCUGCGGACUGGUGGUGGCGGUGUUGUUCAACAACCGACGCCGGCGGUCGCACGCUGGAUUCAUUGAGGUUGAUGUCUGCACCCCGGAGGAACGCCAUCUCUCCGGAAUGCAGGUCACCGGAUACGAGAACCCCACCUACUCCUUCUUCGACGCCAAGCCC